ACUCUGUCGAAAACAGAUGUUUUGCUUUAUCUGAAAUCAGAGAUUGGAAUAAAUAAACAAAAUUCUUGAUUUCAAAAGUUAAUUUGACCUUCAACAAGUGCGUUGCAGUUGUGAGACUUUUACAAAUUGUGCGCAAGAUGAGCGAGGCGGCUUCCAUCGAACAACUUUCCGCGCUACGCAUGAAGUAUCAUGAACGCAAAAAUGCGUUUCUCGAGCAAGACAUCAAGGUUAAGGAUCCGUUCUGUGUAUUUCGCGACUGGUUAAGCGACGCUCUCAACACUAAGGAGAUUCUGGAGCCUAACGCAGCCGCCUUGGCCACUGUGGAUGCGGAGGGCAAGCCAUCUAAUCGUUUUGUGCUGGUCAAGGAAGCCACAGCCGAGGGCUUCACCUUCUUCACAAACUACGGAAGUCGCAAGGCUGACGAGAUUGCUGCCAAUCCAAAUGUUGCAAUUGCCAUUUAUUGGAUGCCACUGCGUCGCAGCGUUCGCAUUGAGGGCGUGGCCGAAAAGAUACCACACGCUGCAUCCCUCAAAUACUUUCAUGAACGCCCACGUGCAAGUCAAAUUGGUGCUGCGGCCAGUCCACAAAGUCAACGCAUUCCUUCACGCAGCCACCUCGACGAGAUUGAGUGCAGCAUCAAAGCCAAACUGGGCCCCGAUGGUGAGGUGCCGCUGCCCAAUUGGGGUGGCUAUCUAGUGAAGCCGCAUCUCAUAGAGUUCUGGCAAGGACAAACAGAUCGCUUGCACGAUCGGAUUCGCUUUCGACGUGGCCCCAACGUCGAGUCAGAGAUCGAUGGCCAGCUGGUUCAUGGCGGCGAGAAUGGUUGGGUCUAUGAACGACUAGCGCCUUAAGCGACUUGGUGAUAGCAAUUGCAAUGUCUUCCAAAAUAAUAUACUUAAAGUAAAC